GUCCCACCCCACAACGAGGCUUGGAACGCAGAUGAGCUGUGAUGUGACGUCGCCGCAGGACACGUCACCUUUCGGCUGUCACUGACUGGCGCGCAGUAAACAGAGCACAGCUUGGGAACCGAAGUAGAUCUGGCAUAGUCACGGUCAGCAUGGAGCUCGGCGACCGGGAGGUUCCAGCGGACAACGACAUGUUAGAGCUGGACAUGCCCACUUUCCUGCUGGAGACAGUGGGCACAACUCUAUCAAACUAUGGAUGGCUCAUCCUGUUCGCCUGCAUUGGUGUGUAUCUCCUGAAGCAGAAGUUAUCAGACAACAUCAAUUCGCUACUCACAACUACAUCCACAUCUGUAGCAGACCCAGAAGUAGUGCUCCGAAGGGAGGAAGCUGUGGCUGCGGCCAGGCUGAAGAUGCAGGAGGAACUCAACACUCAGGCCGAAAAAUUUAAAGAAAAGCAGAAGCAGCUAGAAGAAGAGAAGAGAAAUCGAAAGAUUCAGAGUUGGGAGAGUAUGAAAGAAGGAAAGAGUUACAAGAUGACCUCAAGCCUCAGUCAGCCCGAUGAGCCAUCUUCCAGCACCUCCACGUCGUCAUCUAGUGCAAAGCCAAAACCAGAUCGGAAACCUCUCAGAGGCAGUGGCUUUAACCCUCUGACAGGUGAUGGAGGGGGUGCAUGUGCCUGGAGACCUGGAAGAAGAGGCCCGUCUUCAGGGGGAUGAGGUUAAACUCCUUGCUGGUAUUACUCCUUUCCAAAUACCAGCAAGGUGAAGGGACUGUACCGCCUGCAAAAGUAGCGUCUCUUUCUACCCUUAAGGGUCUCGUGUCUAAGCUUCAUCUGGAGUAGAAAUUGGACAUGCAGUAUAUUGUGUUCUUUCUGCUACAGCCGGCUGCUGUGUUUCUCCGAUCAACCAAGGCAACAGCUGAAUUUAGAGAGAAAUAGUGAAUAUCUAGAAAAGCCGGCGACAACUCAAAAGUACAGAUGAUGCUAUAAAAUUGUGACUGUGGUUUGACGCUCUGAAUGAUGUCAUCCUUACAAAUGGUCUGAAGCCAAGAAGGUUGACUGAUGAUAUAUGGUGGUUAACCCUAUAUACAAAUGUCUUCUCAUUGUUGCAUUUGAUGUUAAUGGAUAAAAAAACACUGGCACUUUGCACCAUUAAAUACAUGUGGUGAUAUCUGUCUGGAAAUACAUGUUUUAGGUCUGAACUCUAGACAAUUAGACACCUUUUCAAAGCGGUUACGUUCAGAAUUGCCUCAUUAAUAUCAGACCUUACAGGAGUUUAAAGAAAAGAAAGCCCUGUAUUUCAUAGAAUAUAAAUGUUUCAUAAAAAAAGUGCUUUUACACAUCAUUAAGCAUUUUGGUCAUCAUUGUUUUGCAUAUGUGGUGACAGAUAUGACGGUUAACGCAAAUAGUGGUCAUGUUUAAACAGCACAAGUUAAAAUAACUGAAUAUAGAUUUGUGUGGGUUUCAUAAAGGGCCACAUUGUGGCCCUCAGCUUCAGAAUGAUGCAUUGCAUUAGUGCAAACAUGGAAGCAAGCAGCACCCUAUACAGCUAUGGAAGCAAGCAGCACCCUAUACAGCUAUGGAAGCAAGCAGCACCCUAUACAGCUAUGGAAGCAAGGAACACCCUAUACAGCUAUGUAUCAUUUAGCAAUACAUAAAACUUUAAUGUGUCACAUUAUCCAUAUCGUAAUACACCACUUCCCUAUUACCGGUCUCUUUUUGGCUUUCUAGUUGCAGUAAAUUACCAGAAGCUGUUAUGAGUUUGCUUGUAACCUACCUUGACCAUUUGCCAAGGAUUUCCUGCAGACGGUGAUGCAUACAGAGCUGCUCUGAAUUGCCAAUGAGUCAAAUCAAACUUUUUUUUUUUUUUU